AUGAAAUAUGCUUUUUUUCUUUUUUUCUUUUUUUUAAUAUUUAUAAAUUAUAAAGUAAUAACUGAAAAAUGUGACAAGAUAGCCAAUGUUUCUAACCCGCCAAACACAUUUUCUUUAUCCUUAAAUAAAAUAAAAAUAACAACAUUAGAUAUAUUAAGUGAAUAUAAGAAAGAGCGAACAGUUAUUACAAAGGUGUUUGAACAAAACCAACAUGAAAAUAAUUACAUUUUUAUCAAUGAAAAAAUAAACUCGUAUAAUUCGAUAAAUAUAAAUUGUACGUUUAAAGUGAAAAAAAAAAUCGACAAGACAAAAAUUUUAGUGAUUUUAGUAAAACAUUUUGAAGGAGAUAUAGAUAUAUUUCGUAAAAAUAAUAAAAUAGAUCAUUUAAAAAAAUAUGAGACAUUUAUAUUUACAAACAGAUAUGAAAAUGAUAUGAUAGUUUCGAAUUUAUCACUUUUAUUAGUUAACUUAACCGAAAUUACUGGGUACUAUAAAUUUGAUGUUUUUAUAACAGAUGGAAAAAGUAAUUUGAUGGUUUUUAAGCUUGUAAAAAUAUUUUUGUAUUUUCAUAAUAAUAUACCAAUAAUACAAUAUCCAAUAAAAAAGGGAAACAUGGGGAGCAUUAUUAUAGAAAAUAUUUGUAAAAAUAAAUUAAUGAUAAAUAAUAAUUCAUUAAAUAUAUUUAACAAAUUAGUUGUUCAUAAUUUUAAGGAAUAUUAUCCACAACCUUUAAUUUCCGAGAGAGAAUAUUUUACACAUAAUUAUAUUAAUAAGAGCUCUGAAAAUAGGGUUAUAUCCAUUAUACAUAUGAUUUUAAUAGUUGUUUUUUUUAUUAUAUAUAUUUAUUUUAUUAUUUUUUAUAUGAAAUAUAAUAUUAAAAUCAUUAAUAUAAGUUAUAUUAAUUAUGCAUUUGUGUUUUCGUUUAUAUGCAUUAUUUUUUUGUUUAUACUUUAUGAUUUGUAUUUUAAUAUUCUUGAAAUAUAUUCUAUAUUUAUUUUAUUUUUUUCAAUUUGUUUGUUUUUUUUUUUUAAAACAUUAACAAAUUUGGAAAAAUGCAGAAUAUAG